AUGACGAUAAAACACCUCAAGAUUGCUCUCAUUUACGAGCUUCGCUCGGCUUAUAAAGAGCUUGGCUACUCUGAUGCAGAUUGUGCCAGGCUUGAAGUCGGAGAAGCAGCCGAACAUAUCGCUGCGGUUCUUGAAAAGCUGGGCCAUGAAGUCAUCCUGAUCCCCGACAUCCACUCCCUCAUUAAGAGGCUCGCAUCUGGUGAGGGCGAUACGUGGGACAUAGCAUUUAACACCACCGAGGGGCUACAUGGAUCAGCCAGAGAGGGUCAGGUGCCGGCAUUGUUGGAGGCCUACCAAAUCCCAUUCACAUUCUCAGAUGCAGCCACCAUGGCAUUGUGCUUGGGCAAAGGGAGGACAAAAGUGAGUAGAUUCCGUUUUCAGCACCUCACACCUGCAGUGUCUCUGGACCUUUUUUUGACACCAACGACAAAGUCCCAACUGUCAUUGGAUGAGAUCCAGUCCAUGAUUUGCAGGUCCCGACACUCUGAGACGCUGCUCAGUCAGUAUCCAUUAUUCGCAAAACCUCUUGCUGAAGGCUCGUCGAAAGGGAUUGUGGCAAGCAACAAGAUCAAGGGCACUGGCGACCUAUGCCGCGUGAUCAAUUCUCUCCGUGCUUCCAGCCCCUCAUCACUUGGUGUGCUCGUGGAAACCUACCUCCCUGGGCGGGAAUUCACAGUGGGUAUUCUAGGGACCGGAAAGGACGCAUGGGUUGUCGGCGCAGUAGAGUUCACGACAGAAAAGUCCAAAUCGACCGGCGAUUGGGCUGGAGAAGCCGAUGAGGUCAAGGUCAGUCGGGAUGAUCCGGAAGCUGAUCUUGCUUGCAAAACGGCUCUGCGGGCAUGGAAUGGUUUGCGUUGUCGGGAUGGAGGACGGGUUGAUAUUCGAAUGGACGACUCCUCUGGAACCCCGGUCGCUCACGUUAUGGAAAUCAACCCUCUCGCUGGACUUCUUCCUCACUGGUCGCAGCUGCCCGUGAUUGCCGAACAUAACGAUGUUUCAUUUGAGGAACUUAUCGGGCACAUGCUGAAUAGUGCUUUGAAGAGACGGAGGGAUGGAGUUUCUGUUUAG